AGCGAGCGUGCGGCGAGUUACUUGGCAAAUAUUUCGUAAUUUCCAUAAAGGUUUUUAAUUAAAAUUAAGGAAUUGUAAAAGAAAAAAAUAAUCAAAAUAUUAAAAAAAUAAAGACUAUAUAUAAAGAGCAAAUAAAAACAGUUCAUCGUCAAACGAAAAAGAAACAUAAAACAAAAAUAAAAAUAGUCACAAACAGAAAUUGUUAAAGCAGUGAGAGCAGCGCGCCAAAGAGAGUGCUUCAGAGAGUGCCACAAAAGUAUUCGAGAGAUAACAUUUGUGUUGAUAAAAAUGUGUGUCAAAAUAUCAUAAACAUACAAAGAUGAAACAAAGCCAAGAGACGCCAAAUAAUAAUAAUAAUAAUAAUUAUAAUGCGCGAUGAUGAGCAAAUGAUAAUGACGAAAACACUGAACGUGUAGAUAACGGAAUUUUUAGUUUGUUUUCCGAAUCCUAUUAAUCUAUACAAAGUAGGGAAUAUGGCAAUAUGACAAAAGCAAGAGAACAGUAAACAAAACAAACUGCACGCAAAUAAUAUACAAAGAAUUUUGCACUCAUCACGCAGCUGACAGCGCUGCUGACGUCGACGUUGACGUUGACGUUGUCGUUAAGCCAAAACGUAAAUAAGCUAAAAAGCAAAGCCAAAUAAACAUAGACCCGCAAAAUGCACGGCGUCAAGCGCGUGCUGGUGUUUUGCAUUAUGAUUGUGAUACUGCCAGCGAUUUUGAUCAUAAUGCCGCUCUAUAUGCGCAAGACGAUAUUUGCGGAUGUUAUCUAUCCGGUUGCGGAAUCGGAUAUCAUUGAGAUCAGGGAUGGCAUCUCAUCGAUAUUCUGUUCGAGGCACACGCUGCGCAUGAGCAGCAGUUUCAAUGCGUUUCAGCUGCGCAACAAGCCCGAAAUAUCCACAAAUCGCAAGCAUAUAAGACUUAAGAAAUCGAUGACUUUGCCGGACGAUACCCUCGAAUAUUGGGGCUUCUUUUUGCUCAACGGGGCGCGAGUGUCCCUCAAGUUCUGCUCACGAUACAAUGGCGCUCGCAUACUGGUGAUCAAGGGCAAACGCGAGCUGAAGCUGUGCGGCUUGACGGAUCACAAUAAGAACAAGCAGGGCGCCAACUACGCACAGGGUCACGAGCAGGUUAAGGUAUUCUUCGAGGAUGUGGUGGAAAUAACCGAAGAGAAGGGGCCAGCCGAUGGCCUGCAGGAGCAUGAGAAUCAUGGCGGCGAAGAUCUAAGCGAGGAUCUGGCUACGGUCAAUGUAAGCACAACGCCGUCGCCCGCCAAGCGUCUGAGGAAGAAGCUCAAAAAGGGCACGCUCCAUCUGGCGCCCAAGUCCAUGGAGUUAGUGGAAGGCAAUGAGAGCAACACGCCAGUAUUGCCAGCCAAUCGACAGAGGCGACACACAGAUCUGCCGGCGAAGCAGGAGCAGCAGCAGGAGCAGGAGGAACAGGAGCAGGAGAAGGAGCUGCGCAAGCAAGAAGUCUACGAGCAGCUGUACAAGCGCAAGGAGAGGCAGAAGCGUGAAAAUGUUUACGACCGGAAGUACAGUCACGGCGGCAAUGCUGUUAACUUUACGGAAACCGACGAAUCGAACUCCAUAUCGAGCUUUGAGACUGGCCUCUUUGACUGCUUCAAUGGCGCCAUAUUGCUGGCGGAGGGCUUUCCACCGAAGCCGGCGUGCAUGAAUGCGCAUUUUCUGGAGAAGGGCAAACACGACACGGUGAAGCAUAAUAUCACCGAGGAUGGCUACUACUACUAUAUAUUCUACAGUGACAACGAUCUGGUCCGCAACGAUAUACACGCCAUAUUCGAUAUAUAUAAGCCAACAUUUCAGUACUCGAACUUGAGUGAAUCGCGCGGCUGUCUGAACAGCACCGAUUGCAGUUUCAACAUUGGUUUCCUCUCCGAUGAAAUUGUCGUGGUCGAGGUGCCCACACGGGAUGGCAUUGAGCACGAGGAGGAUGAUAUUACAAAUCUAAUCUCGACAUGUCAUCCGCGCAGCGAGAUUUAUGCACUGUUUCCCAUAACCGUGCUGGUGCUCAUAUUGUGCUGCUCAUUCCUGUAGGACUUGAUCACAGUUUUGUACUCUAGGAAUUUUGUGAUAUUCUCCUAUUGAGAUAAUCGAGUGAUAUACGUGGGCAUGAUUAACCCAUAUGGCAGGCCCAGAAGCAAACAUUUUCCACAGUCUGAAUCCAUGUGUAACCAAAACAAAUCAACUGAAUAUUCAUAAAAGGAGAUACUAUAUAAUUUUGUAGGCCAACAUCUAAGUCUAAGACUCAAGCAUUUAGGUUAGAAAAGCGACAAAAGAACUAUGUAAAAUUGCUUAAUAAAAAGGACAUCAAUAGAUAUAUAAAAAUCUUUGUACAAAUAUAUUGUGCUAUAUUAAUCUUAAGUUGAAUAUAGUUUUGUAACCUAGAGUAAGAAAAUCAUAAUAUAAUAUAACAUAAUUUCAAUUUGAUUGAUAUAAUUUUAUAACCCAAGCAAAGAUUAAACUUGACCAAGCUACAAAAUAACAA